AUGCCUUCUGCCGUAGAAGUACCGGCCCGCCAACCCUCGCCCGAGGUCAAGCUUCUUUCCAAGGUUGACUCUCAGAUCAUGGACGAGGAGGCUCUUUCUACUGCCGCCGGCAUCUUGGACAUCAUCUGCCGCUAUCGUUUGAAGCGGUCCAGCACAGAUGAGCUUGAAGGUAGACUUGGUUUCCUGUCACAGAUCUACAGGAAAGUCAAGUCGCAGAGCGAGAUUCGCAUGUGCCUUCCUGCCUUCCCCUUCAAGUCCCCCAACACAAAGGACAAGGUCCUCAGCCGCCUGCCCGACAAGGCGGAUGAGUUCGCCCUUGCCAACCUGAACGGUCUCUGCUCAGCUAUCAAGGACUUCUACGAGCCUGGCGCAAAGCUGACCAUCAUCUCUGACGGACUUGUAUACAACGACCUUCUUGGUGUUCAAGAUAAGGAAGUCUGGGCAUACGGAGAGACUCUCCGAAGCAUCGCUGUCGAGAAGAACCUCCACAACAUCCAGUUUUCUCGUCUUCAGGACCUCGUCCAUCUUCCCAACCUUCCCAACAAGCUCGAAGAGAUCACAUACGUCGCGAACGCCACGAACUUCCGCCGAGCCCUUCUCAACACCUUCGGCCGCGCCGACUACGACCCCUCAAACGAGAUUUCCAAGAACGAAGACACCUGCUUGACAUAUCGCGGAUACAUCAAGUUCCUCGAGACCGAUUUGCGCCAUGUAUACCCCGUCGGCGAGGACCGUUCCAAGACCAAGUUCAAGACUGGCAUCGAGUACAUUUCCAAGCAGAUGCUCCAGCGCGGUGACGCCUUUGCUCGUGCCGUCCGCGAGAACUUCCGCGACCACAUCCGCCUCUCAAUCCACCCUUCCGUCGGCGAGACCAAGAUCCCCAUCAGCCCUCUUCCGACUACCACCUACUUCACUACCCCUUGGCACUGCUCCAUUGCCUUCAGCGUGAGCGGUGCAGUCACGACCGGCCCCCGAUCCGACUUCGAGAACGACCCCAAGUACGAGCUUGUAUACGAGGACGGCAGACCCAGCUACUUCCGCGAGAAGAGCGAGCUGUUCAGCUGGGAGAAGGACGUCACCUUUGAGCCGCUGUACCCCUGUGGUAUUGUCAUCCGCCCAGCUGCUGGCCCCAAGAAGCUCUCCAUCCACGACAUCGACGCCAAGAAGGUCCGCGCGCUUUCCGAGGUCAACUCCCCCGUCAUCAUGCGUGGGUUCUCCAAGACCAAGGACCGUGACCUGUUCGUCAAGAAGUCCGAGGAGUUCGGCACUCCCUUGCCGUGGAAGUUCGGCCUCGUCCUCGAGGUCAAGGACCAGGGUGCCGAUACGCGUGGUCUGAAUAACGUUCUGUCAGCCGAGUGGAUGCCCUUCCACUUCGAUGGCCUGUUCAAGACCCACAAGGUGCCCCAAGAAGAUGGAACAGAGAAGCUUCUGCCCAACCCUCCCAAGUUCCAGUUCUUCACCUCGGUCACCCCUUCACCGAAGGACACCGGCUUCACCCUCUUCACCCCCUCUCGCUUGGUCUUCCAGAACCUGCCUCCUCACCUGCCCUUGGAGAAGCUCUCCAAGCUCACGUGGAACGUUCAGACCAGUUCUUUCGAUGCCACCAAGAUGACCGGUCUUCCUCUGGUCACCCCUCACCCCGAGACCAACGAGCCCUGCAUCCGCUACCACGAGCCCUGGCCUCAGUCCAAGACUACUUUCGACGCCACCUACGUGAACAUCGAGGGUGUCAGCGAGAGCGAGAGUGCCGAGAUUUGCGAAGUCCUGGACUCUCUUCUGCAUGACCGCAGAAACACUCUCUACUUUUCUUGGGAAGAGGGUGAUUUGCUCAUCAGUGACAACAUUCUGGCCAUGCACACUCGUAGUGACUUCAAGGCGGGCUCCCCUAGAGAGUUGUGGCGCAUUCACUUUGACUAA